UAGCAUGAAAAUCUCAAACUAGCACUGCUCUCUGCGCGUUGCCCCGAGAGCUGCGUUGCCCACCGCAUGCUGCAGAAGGACAUGUCGCGACUGGACUUGCGUCCGGCGAUCCAACUGCCACACAUUCCAAAUGCGGCGGAGGCAACCCAUGCUGACGUCGCUUCACAAUGUGUGGCCGACUCGACCAGCACGCACGGUCGUUGGACCAGCCACGACAUCUCGGCAACGUCCACGGCCCCCGUCAAGAACAGUGACCACAUCUCCAUCUCACGCACGGCGCUUGUCGAGUGCGGCCCUGCCGUUGCCCCGUGUGAAUGCCUUCACGUCGCGAUGAGCGAUCGAGUUGGGUUUGCUCGACAACUUGCGCCGCCAUCCAAGCGGCCGACGACUUGCGAAGAAAAGGCUUCUUGCCCUACCCCCACAUGUUGCUCCGUGAUUACUCCAUGUGACUGGGGUCGCGAUGACGUUCACCAACCUCCACCUCUGUGUUCUGGGGGCGGGGCGCGAGGCUGCCCGCGACGUACUGACAGUCGCCGCCAAUAUGGCCCAAGUUGCUGGAGGAACUCAUUCCAUGCAAUAACGAACAUGCUACAAACAACGGGUCGGAGUCGUCGAUAGCCCCCCUCCUUACAGGCGCC